AUGCCAGACUAUCUUGAAGGAAUGCAAAGCGAGAUGACAGGCAACGAGACCUGGACGGUGGAAGCGUCAGUUAACGCAUUCGUUGCCACCUACAACCAAUCAACAGAGUCGCUGAGAGCGGAUGUUGGUUUUUUGAACGAGACCCUCUCUGAGAAAGACCUUCACUCAUUCUCUCUAUUUGACACAGAAAAUGAAUUCGGUGCCCUUCCAGGAAUACCUCAGGACACCGAUGGGGUGUAUUAUCUCCUGGGGUCUUUUCCCUUCAAAGGACAAGGCCCUGCUCUCUCAAACGUGGGCAUGGACGACCAAACACGGUUUAAGCCGUUCCGUGAGAACGCACUGUUGUUCAACAUUCGACGUCGGAAGUGCUGGGGCAAGUGUAACAUCACAUCAAGCGGUGGUGUAAAGCUAGAUUCCGGCAACUGCAACGACACCACUGCAGUAACGAAAUCGGAGUUUCUGCGGCAAGACCGACUCUGGCCCUUCUGGCUAGACACACUUCCGGUGCUCGUUCAUAGUCUCGGCAAAUUCGCCAAGUCUCGCAACCAGUCUCCCUGGCUCAGAUCCUCGUAUGCGACAGCUGUAGCCACCGCGUGGUGGGCCUGCGCAAUACACAUGCGAGACUUCGCCCUCGACCUCGCAGGGUCCGACAGCCUCAAGUACGCGCCUCCGGCUAAUAUUCAAGUGGUCAAUUCUUUCGUACAGAUCCUCAAUGCCAAACCUGGUCUAUACGUCAUCAUUGCUUUACAGCCGGUUUUUACGGCGUUUGCUGCCCUUGCCUGCGUUAUAUAUCACAGCCUCCCCGUGGGCAAGGGCUUCGGCUUGGUAUACAUCCUAGCGGGAAACCUUGCGGACUUUGAGGAGGAGGAUAUCGAGGGGGAUAUCAAGGAGGAUAUCAUGAAGGAUAACGAGAAGAAGGAUACUGAGGAGGAGGAUACUGAGGAGGAGGAUACUGAGGAGGAGGUCCAGAAGGGAUAA